AUGGUGCACGCGGGCAGCAGCUUCCAGUGGGACAAGCUGUCGCCCGCAGAGUUCCAGCAGUUGCAGGAGUUGACCUCAUAUUCCACCAAGAAACUCCAAGAUGUUCUCAAAGAGUUCUGCGAAGUUAAAAAGCAGAGUUCUGACGGGGACAUCGACUAUGAAGGUUUCCGUUGGUUCCUGGAUACCUUUCUCGAGGUAUCGGCCCCCGAUGAACUGUCCCGCCACCUCUUCCUAUCAUUCGUGAGGCGCGACAGACGGCCGGCGCUGCGGGAGAUGGCGGCCGCGAGCUCCACCGCCGCCUGCGCAGCUGUCACCGCGCACGCCGACCAUCAGGUACGACAGGGCAAGCUGAGCUUGGCUUCCAAGAUCCACGGCUUGGCAGAGCGGCUACAACAGCUGGGCAAGAGUUCGGGAGACUCCGUCGAUGGCAGCGAUAAGGGGUCCAGGAGCCGGACUGGGAGCGUCCACCCGAUGUUCACAGUCACCACUCACCCGUCCUACUCCUCCCACGAGCUGUGCCUAGACAGGCGCAAUGAGACCAGCCCCAGUCACAGCCAAAUGUCCAGGAAUUCCAGUCGCAAGAGCAGCAACUCGCUGAGAGUCAACCAGUCUACUAAGAUCGAAGAUUUCCGACACCUAAUGCGGCGGUCUUCGACGCUAGAAGUGCACACGGCGCGGGUAUCACUUAAAGACAUCGUAUGUUACCUGUCACUGUUGGAGGCUGGCAGACCUGAAGAUAAGUUGGAGUUCAUGUUCCGUCUCUACGACACGGAUGGUAACGGUGUGCUGGAUACCAACGAGAUGGACUGCAUCGUCAACCAGAUGAUGACGGUGGCUGAGUACCUCGGCUGGGAGACUUCUGAGUUAAGACCUAUCCUACAAGACAUGAUGGUGGAGAUAGACUACGAUGCUGACGGUACCGUGUCACUCGACGAAUGGAAGCGAGGAGGCAUGACAACCAUCCCCCUUCUAGUCCUACUAGGCCUUGACACGAAUGUCAAAGAAGACGGCGAACACGCGUGGAGACUGAAGCAUUUCAGCAGACCAGCAUACUGCAAUCUGUGUCUCAACAUGCUGGUGGGAUUGGGGAAGAAAGGCCUUUGUUGCAUCUUCUGCAAGUUCACGGUGCACGAGCGGUGCGUGCAGCGAGCGCCGGCGUCGUGCAUCGCCACCUACUCCAAGUCCAAGCGGGCACCAGCCACACUCGCGCAUCACUGGGUCGAAGGUAACUGUCACGGCAAAUGUGCGCGGUGUCGGAAAAAGAUCAAAGGGUACAACGGAAUCACUGGACUGCACUGUCGAUGGUGCCAUAUCACUCUACACAACCGCUGCGUGGGCAGCGCGGGCGGCGCGUGCUCGCUGGGCCGGCACGCGCGGCACCUGCUGCCGCCCACCGCCAUCCGGCCGCUCGUGUUAGACCGCCAGCGCUCGCUGCCGCAUCGACCGCAGCAUGAUCAGCAAUCUCUCCCCACCUCAAUAUCUCUCCCAAUAUCAAUAGCAGCGACUUCAGAAGAGAAGAAAGAAGAGAGAGAGAAGCGGGAGCCUCGAGCCCCACCCAUCUCCUUUCAGAUCACGCCUCCUGACGGCUCCUGUCCACUCCUCGUCUUCAUCAACCCGAAGUCUGGAGGGAGACAAGGUUCCCGGGUGCUGAGGAAACUCCAGUAUAUAUUAAAUCCACGGCAGGUCCAUGAUAUUGCGAAAGGAGGACCUAUGCAAGGGUUGCAGAUGUUCAAAGACGUGAAGAACUACCGCGUGAUAUGUUGCGGAGGUGAUGGCACCGUCGGAUGGGUGCUGGAGACCAUGGACAAAGUCCAGAUGGAAACACAGCCAGCGGUUGGGGUGAUACCACUGGGAACUGGUAACGACCUGGCGAGGUGUUUACGAUGGGGAGGCGGAUAUGAAGGAGAAUCAAUUCACAAGAUUUUGGAUAAAAUAGCGCGAGCCAGCACCGUUAUGAUGGACCGAUGGCAUAUCGUUGUGGAAAAUACUACCACAGAUUGCGAACAACCUCAGAUGCCCGACUCAGCGCCGCAUCCAACGGUGGUACCGUACAAUAUCAUCAACAAUUACUUCUCUGUUGGCGUCGACGCAGCAAUCUGCGUGAAAUUCCACACGGAACGGGAGCGCAACCCCGACAAGUUCAGCUCUCGCAUGAAGAACAAGCUCUGGUACUUCGAGUUCGCCACGUCGGAGCAGUUUGCGGCCAGCUGCAAGAAUCUGCACGAGCAUAUUGAUAUUGUGUGCGACGGCGCAUCCCUGGAGCUGAGCAAGGGUCCCGCACUGCAGGGCGUAGCCCUACUGAACAUCCCGUACGCGCACGGCGGCUCCAACCUGUGGGGCUCCAGCGCCGCGCACCGCCGGGGCAGGUUCCCUAACGCGCAGCAAGAUAUUGGUGACAAAUUAAUAGAAGUGAUAGGAUUGGAGAACUGCCUGCAUAUGGGCCAAGUGAGAACGGGUCUCCGAGCAUCAGGCAGACGCCUGGCGCAGUGCAGCUCCAUCACGCUCACCACUAAGAAGACCUUCCCCAUGCAGAUAGAUGGAGAACCCUGGAUGCAGCCGCCUUGCAAGAUAACAAUAACCCACAAGAACCAAGUUCCAAUGCUGAUGGGACCAGCUCCUGAAAAGGGGCGGGGCUUCUUCAAACUCUUCACGCAUUGUUAACUACUUCAAUCUAUUGAAAAUAUUUAUUAAUCUAUUGAUUAAUCAAUCAGAUUUUACCUUAAUUUAAUCGUCUUCAAACUAUCAAGUUUACUUUUUAUUUACUGUUUCUAUCAAUAAUGUUACAUAAAGAUAAGGUUUUGAAAAUCAAUCAGUUGAGCAAUCAAUCGUACGAUUAAUUGUAUCAAUUGAUUGAUUAAUACAGAACUAUCACAAUACCUACUUUGGAACAAAGAUUUACUAGAAUUUACCUAUUUUCUGAAAAGAGAAACAAACCUAUAUUUCUUACAAAGUUACGAACACAAAAUCAUUUAUAUUUUCUUACACGGAUUUGAUAACCAUAUAAGAACUAAAAUAACACAAUAUAUAUUAUUUAAUCUACAGCAUAUAAUAAUAUAUUUACAUUAAAUAUAUACCAACUUAAUAAAAAAAACGCAAAGCGCUAAAAAUCCUAAAAAGACAUAAGUAUACCAACAUGACGAAUUAUCGCUAUAUCAAUCAAUUGAUUUAAGAUUGAUAUGAUAAAAUUUAUAGUAAUACAUAGUAAACAUUUUUUUAUUUGUCUGUUUGUGCUUGUAAGGCUCCGAAACUACUAAACCGAUUAGAAAAAGUCUUUCACUGUUGGGUAGCUACACUCUUCCCGAGUAACAUGGGCUAUAUUUUAUCUCGUUACGGGCAGUAGUUCCCACGGGACGCGGGAAAAACCGCGGGAAAACGGGUAGUCGAUUAUAAAUAUCUAUGAAAUGAUCAAGAGACUUGCCAUGUGUUCAAUAUGGUAUGGUUUAUAAAUAAAAUUGAACUUAAGGCUUUAUAAUUAAAUCCUUUUCAUCACUCAUGCAUAUUUAACUAACGUCAAAAAAUACGUUUUUGUGUUGUCUCGCAGCUAACUUUCAUAUAAUCGGAAAGUAACCAAAUCCGCAGCUUUAAAUAUUCCCUACUCAAAUUAUAAACAUUCGUUGGAUUCUAAACGACAGAUAAAGUGUAGUAUUAUUUUACGUCGACAUUUUCAUAGAAAAAUAAUAAACUUGCGGUUCUUAUUAUUAUAGGGUGAUAUAACCAUUAAUAAAAAUCAAUUCCUUGAUUGACCUGCUCCUACGGAGAUAUUACCACAGAGAAAAAAAAACACUUUGUCUUUUAGAAAAAAAAACGCGCCUAUGCAUGAGUGACUAUAUCGUAAUAAACUCGCUAUGAAUACUAGUUUCACUCUUCCAUUUCUGCCUGUUAGUGCUUUUUAGCUUAUUUCUUGUACCUAGGAAAACUGAUUUCACAACAAUUCUUAAUUCCUUAACUUAUGUCUGAUCUCUUGAACACAAACUAAAAAUCUUCUAUUAGUAAGAAAAAGUUCUUGCAGAAACCCUAACGUCCAUUUUUGCUAAAUUAGAUAUAAAUAUAUACAUUUAUAAACUAUAUUUAUAUAUAAAACAUAUUAUAUUAUCUACAUUUAAAGUCCAAUAAAUUAUUGAGAUUUAAUAAAUGAAAAUUGUGCCGUGAAUUGCGAAAUUGUAAUUUAUUUAUUUAAUUUAAAUGUAAAAGCUAUUUAUUUUUGAAUCUCGCUUCAAUAAAAGUCAAUCUUGAAUCAAGAAUGUGACUUUUACAAGUUUGUAUGUAUACAAUACAUUUAACUUAAUUAUACAAUGUAAUGAAGCCAUAUUUUUUGGUCAUUUGACAAAUAACGUCAAAAUGGUAAUUGUAUAAUAAUAUUAUUAAAAUCAAAAUGACAACUAACAAGUCAUAAUUAUAUAAAAUAUAAACAAGAUUGGAGAAAUAUUACAACUAGAUUCUGAAAUUCAAUUGAGGAGUUGAAUUCCAAAAAAAAUGAAGACUUCAUUUUAUACCAUCACUUAGUUGUUUUUUAGUAAAGAAAGUAAAUUAGAAUUAUUUAAUGAAUUAUCGAAUUUUGUGCAUUUUAUUCAACGUCCCAAUUAUUAAUUGUUAACGUUAACUUUCCGUAUUAAUGUUAACUUGUAAUUACUUAAUGUAAUUAUAAUUGUAAUAUAAGUUUAAAUAAAUGAUUGUGUUUGUCGAAUAUUAUAACUUACUGUUAUGAAAUGUUUAAAAAUAUUUACCUAAGACAUUAUCAAUGUGUUGUUUUAAUUUAAGAAGUAAUAAUUUUAAGGCUUUUAAAUGUAAAACUUGUACUGACAUAAUAAUUUAUUCAUUUAAAAUGAAAAGUAAUGUCGUCUUAAAUGUACAUUUUGUGUCGUGGAAUUGUUAAAGCUUUGUCGUAAUAUAUGGCAUACAACGUUUCAGUUUUUAGUGUUUAAAUAUAACUCUACUUCCAUUUAAAUAUUAUUAUAUUUUGUUAAAGAAGUGACUUUGGCAUAAAAUUUGGCAUAAUAAUUUCAUUUUAGGCGCAUAUAAAAUUAGUGCCAUUUUAUUUAUACCUUUUGAAAAACUAUAAACUACAUAUAUGGAGAAAUUAUAAAAAAUACAUAAUAUCAAUGUUGUGCCAAGAUAAAAUGGAUACGUCCUUUAUACCUACGCCAGCAUUUUUGUAAAUAUUUUUCUAUAGGAGAUUUUAUCCGUUUAUAAUAAACACGGUAGAUUUAUUUAGAAUAAAUAUAGCGCCAUCGCAAACCAGGAUUGUUUUGUUUUGAUAUCGCGAUCGACAUGCCUCGAGUUGAGAAAAAUUCUAUGCCUCGCCAUGAGAAAAAUCUGUGCCUCGACUUGAGUUAAAUCAUUGCCUCGCUUUAAUUAAUUUAUACCUUGAUAUACCUUUGAAAACAGAGAAGCUUUUUUAGCGUAACAAUAGAAAUCUAAUAGUAUUUACUGCCUGGACAAGUGGACACGCUUCGUCAGGUUUGUUUAGAACUCUGACUGCUGGUAGCUUGACCCAUGUUCCUGACGCCAGUGAUGCACUAAUUUCAUUUUAAAAAAUAUUAUUUUUAAUUUUCCUUCUCCACUACUUUAAUGUCUAAUUUGUUAUAAGUUAUAUACAAGUUUGAUAAAAAAAAAAGAUCUUUUGAAAAAUAUAUGUCAAUUGAAUCGUGCUAAAACAUCCGACUUACACGUCACAGUCAUGUCGGUCGCGAGUUAAAUUAUAUGUAAAUAUGUUAUAAAUAAUUUUAUUGAUGUAACAUGUAUGUAUAUCUGUGUCUGUGUUGGUGCUUAUAGUAUUAAUGUGUAGCAUAUCCUAUUUGUAUCUACACUCUUCAUUAAAGUUGUGAAUUAUUUCAGUUUAGAAGAGUUAUGGUGAUGUUAUAUUUAUGCCUUAAAAAGAGCAAUUUUGGCUUUCUACUAGCUGUUCUCCGUUUUAACUACGCUCCUGGAGAACCACUUCCCGUAAACGGGUAAAAGUAGUACGUCUCAAAGUUAAUUUAAAUAAGAAGUUUUUGCAUGAAAGUUCGACAGAUGUUAUAUUACUUAAGUAAAGAUGUAUUUUCUUUGUUAAAAAGUCAAAAUUAAUUUUAUGACUUUAAAGUAUUUUUGUCAGCACAAAUAAAGUUUUAUUAAACACGUUUUCUGAAGCUAUGACAUCACUAUAACAUUUUCUAUUCUUUGUAUAGGUAUGUUGCACUUGGUCUAGCUAUUGUUAACCCGCCUUUUCACUAGUAAGUUGCUUAAGUAAAAAUAACGCAAGUAACAUAUCUGCGUGUUUCGGAGGGCACGAGAAACUGUAGGUUCCGACUGUCAUUCUAACAUAUUUGGCCAUCGUUACGAGUAAUCAGAAGCCAAUAAAUCCAGUUAGACUGAAAUCAGAACCCACCAUAGUCGGGAAAUUGCUAGGCAGAUGAUGAAAUUUGUAACUAUAAGCUUACGAAGGAGUUCCUCAUUUGCAAAUGUGUCGAAAGUUUACUACGCGAGUAAAACUUACGAGUGUAAAGGCGGCCUUAUAUCGGGUUAGAGUUUGAAGUGACUGUCAAUUAACUUUGUUAUAAAAAAAACACAGUGAUGCUGUACUUUGUACCCAACUAUAUUAUAUCAUCUCGGGACUCGAACGCCUCGUUGUUCCCUCGUAACUGAUGGUUUUGGUCACACACCCUCGGAAAAUAAAAAUCUAUUAUUAUUAUUGUAUAUCUCUGCCAUGCACUCGGGACUAUAGAGUCCCGGACUUUUGGAAGGCGAACGUGGGGCCGAAGCCAACUCGCUGAAGCCCUUUUGAGACAACUU